AUGUGAAGUGUGAGCACGCAGCUUUACGGGCAACGGGCGAAAAGCAAGGCUCGUAAUAAGUAUCAAAAAAACCUCCUGUACCGCCAUGAUCUGUAGUCCCGCGUUACGUGUUUUUACUUUUUAUUGUGCGCGAUUGGAACUCGGUACCUAGGGGAGGAGCGAACGACUGACGCACAGUGGAUUUUGUCUUAGUCAUGACAAAGCCGCAUCGGAAUUCGGGGACGAAUAAUGUCAGUCUAGUAACUUUUUAAGUAUCGAGUAAUUCGUUUUUUAGAGAUGUUACCCGUUUUUAUGUUUCACGGUUUGACUGCUCUAAUUUUCCACACCUUUCAACCCGUCUCUAGGACCAAUGCAGAGGAAGCGGAGACCAUCUCAAUGACGUGUUUCCAUAUCAAGCACGGCACUAUAUGGUGUUCAAAUAUAACAGAAAAAGUGACUGAACAUUGGGUCUCAUUUCUGGAUGAUAGCAUUGAUAAUGCACUGGCUUCUAAGAUAUUGUUCGAUUUCUUGCAAAACAAAAAGGCUGCAAAUCCUAGCAAGAAGUUUUUGUUGAUCUGCAGAAGAGAAUGCACAAACGAUGAGCCUUCAAAACUGUGUACGUGUCAAGACUGCUAUCAAUAUUUUGAGAAUCAACUGUUGACCUCUCAAGAAGAAACCGAAGACUUUGAUACGCUUCUGAAAGCGGGUCUUUCAGCGAGCCUUGAUCUCAUCUUUGUAGACUCAGAAGACAAGACAAACUUGUCAGCACACCAACUCACAGUUAGGAGUAAUUCUCCAACCCCAUUCGACUGCCGAAUUGUGCGUGGAAAAACCCCUGCGCAAAUAGACAACGCUCUCAUGAAUAUUGUACGUCAAAGGUACCGACAAGGGCAUUACAGAAGUAGGAGCCCCUCGCCUCGGCGCAGUCCACGCAGAAGCCCCAGUCCACACGCAAGCGCCAGAGCACAGAUGCGCCAGAUUACAAAUGAAAUUAAAAGAGAAAAAAUGGAGUAUAUUAAGCAGACAAAAGUGCAGCACAUUGGUCCUGGCCAACGCAACUCUGCAGUCAUAAGCACUGCAAGAGGCGUCAUUAAAAAACAGCCUAAUGGCCGGCUGCAAACACAGGUUGCACAACGGACAGGACCGCACCACAGCAAAAGCCCCCGCCGCCAAAACCAGCAAGGUGCAGGAGGACACAAAAUUCGAUGGGAUUUAGAUAGUCCUGAGUCACCUCCAAACGAGGAUCGGCCACUGACAGCCAAGGAGCAUCUACGACCCGAGAACAACAUUGUGGUAGAUUGGGAUGAGAGUCAACUCGAAGGGGACAUCACGCCAUGGAACAAAGCAUCUAAGCCUGUCAACGCGGACGAGUUGCGGAGACGUUUGGAAAUAGUAAAGAAGAAAAAUUUGCAAAAUUGGGCUGUCAGAAAGAAUUCAUGACAGGCAAGUAUUGAGUUUAUUUGUCUAGAGCAGGACAAAAAGAAAGAAAUCCUAGAUCUUUACUUCACAGUUUUAACACAUGCCGGGAUAAGGUUGAGGCACUUUAAGUCCUAAAAUGUUAAAAUAUAGCUGUGUACAUUGUACAAAUGUAUGACUGAGCCAAUGUAAUAGGUCCACCCAAUUUUUCAUUUGAAAUAAUGAUUUCAUUUAGAUUUUUAUUUGAAGACCCAUGUAAUGACUUAAUCAUUGGUAUUCUUAGACAAUUAAGAAAGGCUACACAAGUUAACAGAAAACUAAACGUUUCAUUGAAAUCAAGAACGAUCAAGAAUCAAGAUGGAGAAUGAGAGACAGCCUCUUGGGUAGGUUUAUAAAGCUUCCUUGAAUAUUGACUAAAGCUACAAUGCCACAGUGCGUCUGGUUUUACGUGGGAACUAAAAAAAA